GAAACUUCACUUAUUCUGUUUACUCCUAUAUUUUUUCCCCCCUCAUUUCCAUUCCAUGUAUUUUUCUCGUUUAAUUAUUUGUAAUUAUUUCUCGAAGCUUUGGAUGGGAAUUGACUCUGUUUUUUACUGUUUCCUGGUGUUGAAGAAAUAUGGAAAGACCUCUCACUUUUAAGCCACUUAGCAUCCAGGAUGAGAAUUCUGCCGUUCAUCGUAAAAUUGCUUUUGUUUUCUUAUAUUGCAGAGGGUGCAGUUGAUGGUAAAUCAAAGACCUCCAAGGCUGCUGUUGACAAGGGUGGAGUUGCACUUAAAAGCCGUAAAGCUCUGAAUGACAUCACAAACAAGUCGUGCAUUAAUGUUGAAGCAUCCUCUCUAAAGAAUAGCACUCAAAAUAUAAAGCCGAAUACUUUGGAAGACAGAUCUUUGAACCACCAUGUUUCUGGAGCUGAAAAUUUGUCUAAGAAAAAGAUUUCUGUUAGUGAGAAACUUAACGUUGCUGAAGAGGGUUUCUUGCACGACCACAAUAAAUGCAUUGAAGCACAAAAGAACGGGCAGGACCUUAAUUUCUGGGACACGGUUCUUCCUGGACAUGAUUCUGCAGACUUGAUAAUACAAGAAGAAAAGAUUGAGGCUUAUGAUAUGUGCUGUCAUCCUGAAUUGGAGGAGCUAUCCAUGUUGGACUUUUCUGAUUGGUUCGAGGCUCAUUGGAAAUCGCCUCCGUCUUCACCAAUAUGCUCGGAUUCAAGGCCCUCUUUUAUCUCAUGGGAGCUCGAGCAAUUUGAAUUAACUCUCAAGGAAGAAAACAGUAUGUGAUAUCUUAUGGUCAUUUUAAUUGCACAACAAACAUAUUGUAACAUGGAUUGUGGCAUUGGCAUGCCAAGAAGUUUCUGUAUCUAUAAAUUGCAGUGUGUUGUAUAACCUCACAUUGUAGUAGUUCUAGCCUGAUAUUAAUACCAACUAGCUAUCAUAUCAAUGGCUAUGCCAAGUUUUUCAUUUUCAUCAUCAUUUUCUUAGAAAAAUA